AUGGAUUUGUUCGCGCCCCUCAUCAACAGCGACUUGCGCGUGUUGCUUGGCGUCGCUCUCGUAGCAGGCACGACACUGUAUUUCCUACUCCUUCGUCUCCAGCCUCGUGAUCCGACGCCUGUCACGCUGCAAAGCCCGAGUCAACCAGGCAAUUCCCCCCCAACCGUGCACUUGCCCCUCAUCGAAAAGGAGAUUUUGUCGCACGAUACGCGUCGAUUCCGCUUUGCGCUACCGACUCCGCAGCAUGUGUUGGGCUUACCCGUAGGUCAGCACAUUUCGCUGCGCUAUACUGACGAGAAUGAGAAACUGGUGAUGCGGUCGUAUACCCCUGUAACCUCGGACGAUACGAAGGGAUACGUGGAUUUGGUGAUCAAGGUUUACUUCAAAAACGUGCAUCCAAAAUUUCCUGAUGGAGGUAAAAUGAGUCAGUACUUAGAACAGUUAGCUAUUGGCGACACGAUUGAGGUCUCGGGACCCAAAGGAAAGCUCACGUACAUGGGGAAAGGCGAGAUCCAUAUCAAACACCGCAUUCGUGAUGUGGUGCCUGAAGUCCGCAAGUGUGCCAAGAUUGGCAUGAUUGCAGGCGGAACGGGGAUCACGCCCAUGCUGCAGGUCAUUCGUCGCGCUCUACAGGAUCCAGAGGACAAGACGGAGUUCUCGCUGCUCUUUGCGAAUCAGACCGAGGCCGAUAUCUUGUGUCGUGAUGAGAUUGAGGCAAUGGUUGCAGAGCACAGCAACGUCAAGGUGUGGUACACCGUAGACCGUGCGGACGAGGGCUGGAAGUACUCGACGGGCUUUGUCUCGGCUGCAAUGAUCAAGAAGCACCUGCCAGAUGCCGCACCCGACACGCAGAUCUUCAUGUGCGGCCCACCGCCGAUGCUCAAAUUUGCUGUGCUGCCGGCCCUUGAGGAACUGGGCUUCAAGCCAGAUCAGCACUUUAGCUUCUAG